AUGUCGUACAUGAGGGUUCCCCAAGAGAAAGAAGCUAUCGACUCAUGGCAAAUGGCAAUCGAGGGUCUCACCAACAACGGUCCUGACGAUCCACUCAUUGCGAUAUGGCCUACAAUCAAUCUUGGUCUACUCUAUGCUGUCACAGGACGGGGAAAUGAGGGCUAUGAUAUAGUUUCUCCCAUCCUUUCUGCUCGGGACAAGGCUUUUGGAAGAGAUGACAAAUCGGCUUUUGAAACUGGGCGGAUCCUCUAUGUCAUGGGUCAUAUUCUCGUCUCACAAGGGAAACCAGAUGAUGGCCUUGAAUUCUUUCUAGAAGCUCUGGAAAAUUUGAGAGUUACUUUAGUAAUGGUCAUUGGCAAACUGCUGACAACUGUUACUCCCUGGCAUUUCAGCUAG